AUGGCCAACCUGAUGGUGGACGACAGCAAGAAGACACUGCGAGUGAAGCUGUGGGAGUUUGAGUUGGAGGGAUAUCCAAAAGAUGUCAGGCCUCUGUUGGAGCUAGUGUGGGAGAUCAACACCAGCCUGCUAAAAAGACAUAUUAAUUAA